CGAACACACCAUGCAAUAAUAAACCAAAUGGGAGACUUUGGUUGAAACCCAAUAACUAAUAAUAUGCAUAGUGCUUAGUUUUCUGUUCUUUUGACCAAUUUAAAGUUGAUGAGAACCAGAUCACAUAAGGUCCAAAAUGGACCGCGCAUGGCUUUCUAUAUAUAUUAAGCUGGAGGAGCAGUGUCCAUUCACAAAACCACAACUUCAAGUUAAACUUGAGCUAGCCAUAAUGGCUUUGAAUUCACGUUGCAACGUGGUUUUCUUCUCUGUUUUGUUCUCUCUUCUUGCCAUAGCUUCUUCUCAGCUUUCUUCAGAUUUCUAUGCAACAUCAUGCCCCACUGCUCUCUCCACCAUCAAAUCUGCAGUGAAAAGUGCUGUUUCCAAAGAGCGUCGCAUGGGAGCAUCCUUGCUCCGGCUCCAUUUCCAUGACUGCUUUGUUAAUGGAUGUGAUGCAUCUGUUCUUCUAGAUGACACUUCGAGCUUCACGGGAGAGAAGUCAGCUGCUGCAAACGUGAAUUCUCUGAGAGGUUUUGAUGUAAUCGACGACAUCAAAAGUCAGUUGGAAAGUGCUUGUCCAGGAACUGUUUCCUGUGCAGAUAUUCUUGCUGUUGCUGCUCGUGAUUCUGUUGUAGCAUUGGGUGGUUCAUCAUGGACUGUUGGCUUAGGCAGAAGAGAUUCAACCACUGCAAGUAAAGAUGCUGCCACCACAGAUAUUCCAUCCCCUCAAUUGGAUCUGAGUGAUCUCAUAACAGCUUUUUCAAAUAAGGGGUUUACCACCAAAGAGAUGGUAGUUCUCUCAGGAGCUCACACAACAGGGCAAGCGAAAUGCCAGUUCUUCCGGGGUAGGAUUUAUAAUGAAAGCAACAUUGAUUCAGAUUUUGCAACAUCAACACAGUCAAAUUGCCCUAGCACUGAUGGUGACAGCAACCUGUCCCCACUUGAUGUGACCACCAAUGUGUUAUUUGACAAUGCUUAUUUCAAGAAUCUGGUGAACAAGAAAGGGCUUCUGCAUUCUGAUCAGCAACUCUUCAGUGGUGGUUCCACCGAUUCUCAGGUCACUACCUACAGCACAAGCUCUUCAACUUUCUAUGCAGACUUUUCUAGUGCCAUGGUCAAAAUGGGAAACCUCAGUCCUUUAACAGGAACCAGUGGCCAAAUCCGUACAAAUUGCCGCCUGGUUAACUGAAAAUGCAGAACUUUCGAUGAGCAUGAAUUGAGCAAAGCUAGCCAGAGAAUUAUGCUCAUUCAGUCACAAUCUUUAUGUGUUAUGGUUUUUGUUUUAGGUGUGUGCGAGUCUUGUUAACAAUCAAACAAUCUGAAUGUGUGUUUCAAGUUUACUUUUAGUUGUAGUUCUCCAUCAAUUGAAUACUUUAAAUAAAAAGUGUUAUAUAUAUUCUC